UAAUAAAGCUGUGGCUCAAAGUAAAUGAUUGUGUGUAGGUAUUUAGAUUUAAAUUUCAUUCUGUGAGACUGUAAGAAGAUAUCUGCUGAUCAGUGCUAUGUGGUUAUGUUUUGAUAAUAGAAAAUAGUUGGAUUUUCAACCAUGGUACCUGUAGCUAUAGAAGGUUGUACUCAAGGUGCCGAGGGUGGCGGAGCUCGAGUUGGCUCCAUUUCUCUUGCUAUGUUAAUAGAUUUCAUCGUUCAAAGAACUUACGAUGAACUUACUGUGCUGGCAGAACUGUUGCCUCGAAAAACGGAUAUGGAACGUAAAAUUGAAAUUUAUAAAUUUAGUGCAAGAACGCGUCAAUUAUUUGUACGUUUACUUGCUUUAGUAAAAUGGGCAAGCAGUGCAACAAAAGUGGACAGGUCGGCUCAUAUUAUGGCCUUCUUGGACAAACAAGCAAUGUUGUUUAUUGAAACGGCUGAUGUUUUGGCAAGAGUGGCUAGAGAAACUCUAGUUCACGCUAGGCUACCAACAUUCCAUAUGGCGGCAGCUGUUGAAGUGCUCACUUUGGGUACAUACAGCCGGCUACCAGCUGUAAUUCGUGAGCGUUUAGUACCGCCUCCCUCAUUGACUGCCGGAGAACGCAGAUCUACACUUCGUGCUCUAGCUCACAUUGUCCGACAGAGGCUCACUACUGCAUCACUACCCAGUGAUGUGAGAAAUUUAAAGGUUGAGAAUGGCAGAGCCACAUUUACGGUAGGCCAGGAUUUUAGUGUAUCUCUCACAGUAAUGGGAGAUGCACCUAACCUACCAUGGCGUUUAUUGGAUAUUGCUAUUCUCAUCCAGGAUAACGAAACAGGAGAGGGUAAGCCGUUAGUGCACAGUUCUCAACUUGCAUGGCUUCGUGGAGUAGCUCAAGCAAGAUUAGCAGCUGCUGGGCUAAGUGGCGCGCUCACCUCGUUACGUUUCUUUUGUCGAUCAUUGUCACUAGAAUUACUAUAUACGCAGACGUUAAGGCUAUGUAGAGAUAGAUUAUCCCGACAUCUUCAAGUUGACAAAUAUAUUCCGGGACAAAAGUUGCAGGUGUCAUAUUGGAAAGAACUAGGCUGUGAAUUGGGGUAUCGACUGGUCAUCGGAGCUGAGGCUGAUCAGCUGUGUGUAUGGCAUGUUCCGGCACUAGCAGGCGGUGAACGCGUAGCGACAGCGCUCACUCCGCACGCGCCUUCAAUGGAGCGUCUACUUGCUCACACAGUCCAUCAGCGCUCUAGGCAACGACUCAAUGAUCUAAAAGUUCUGCUUAAUGAUAUGGGGGUGGAGUGCAGCGUGGGCGGCUGGCCGUGCGUGCUGGCGUGCUCGGUGGUGUCGCCGUGUCUGCGCGCGGAGCAGCUGCUGGUGUCGGUGGGCGCGCACGGCGGCCGGCUGCGGGCUCGCGUGCCCGCCUACCCCGCCACGCCGCGCAUGCCCGACCUCGCUGCCGCACUCGCUAGAUCCGAUCUCAACCAGAUCAAACUGCACCUCACGCAUCUUCGAUUUUGGCUUGUUGCGCGGCGCUGUGAGAAAACCCUCCAGCAUCUACCCGCCAGUGUCUGUGAGCAUCUACCGUUCCUGCACGGACCGGAUCACCCACUGAAUCAAUUGUCGUCAGACCGACUUUAUGUGACGCUUCAUCGUCACACAGAUCACAUUCUGAUAGUGGAAAUGAAAGAAGUAGCAGCGGGCAGCACGGCCACCACGAGCAACAGCUCCAACAGCGGCAGCGCCUGCUCCGUCGCGCUGUCCUUCCAUCUCGCCGGAGCCAGGAGAUGUACGCCUGAAGAGUGCGAGGAGGAGACGCCAUCGCCGGCUAAUAACAACCAGCCCCCGCCGACUGCAGCGCGGGCCUUUCUGAAGCUGCACUCGCUGGUUGAACUCGAUACUUUCACACUUACUCACGGACCCUUUACGCCUUUGGAUACUCCAGGUAUGCAGCCGGGUAAGAGGAAGUUAUCGUCUCCGAACGCCCGGUCGGUGCGCGUCCGCCAGCCGGCGUACUUCUUGCCGGAGCUCGCACACGUGGUGGCGGCCGCCGACGAACGCGUUCCCUUCGUGAACCUCGCCCAAGAAUUGUCGAGCCGCGGCGUGAGUCACGGCGGGGUGCAGGGCGAGUGGAGCGGCUCGGCGCUGGGCAUGCGGCUGGUGUCGCUGCCGCUGCCGGAGGGCGCCUCGGUGGCGGCCGGCUCGGCCCUGCGCGCGCGCCUGCUGGCCACCACCGUGCGCCUCACCACCAAGAACCAGGCGCGGGUUUGGACGGCCGAGAUCGUAUUCCACGGUUCGCCUCUACGCACGCCCAACCCUAAAGAACAAGGAGAAAGGCGCUGUGUGUACCUGCAGUACGAGCUGGGCACGGACGCGGGCCGCACCGCGGAGGCCUUCCUCGCCGACUGGGCUGCCAUCGUGCACCUGCACACGCUGCUGCACGACUUCAUGUUGCGGCCAGCUCAAGGUACUUUUAACUUUGCGGGUUUCAUUUUAUUACACGAUGCUAUCUCUUUAUAA